AUGGACCACGUCUAUGGAAAAAAACAGACCUACUGUCAACCAAAUAGCUCCAGUCUCCGCCGCAACGAUCCUCUAAAGGUCAAGUUGCUACAGUCCAAGCGUCAGACUACGGCUCGUGCUAGACAGACUUCCCUUGUUGGCAAAGUCAACAAAACAGAUCACUUGGGCCAAUCAGAGCAGGAAAAAUCUAUGCAACAGUGUCGAGGAAAUGCUCGCGAUAGAGCCCGAGAUUUGAGUGACGGUGAACCAGUCUCUCCUUUGACGCCUGAAGAUGCAGAAGGGGAAACAGAUGUGAUAGAAGGAAAGAUGUUGGAGGUUGAGCCGAGUGUCGGGCAUCAAGAUGACAGCGUAUCACUUAAUAAAAAUUCAGAUAAGGCCAAAUUGAUGGUAAGCUAG